CUCCAUUCCCCUCCAAGAAGAGCCGCACCAUCCAGUGCAGUAGUACACUAGCUCUUCUUCACAACAGCUAAUCGAGUAGCUAGAACCAUUAUAUACUCUUCUCUCGACGCUUUCUGUGCUAGGUUAACCGAUCCAUCUUCUGGUACUGAAAUGGAGUGCGAGAACGGCCGCGUUUCUGCCAAUGGCAUGAGUGGUCUCUGCGUCGCGGCGCCCCGCGCCGACCCGCUGAACUGGGGGAAGGCCACGGAGGAGAUGACGGGGAGCCACCUCGACGAGGUGAAGAGGAUGGUGGCGGAGUACCGCCAGCCUCUGGUCAAGAUCGAGGGCGCUAGCCUGAGGAUCGCGCAGGUCGCCGCGGUGGCCGCGGCCGGCGAGGCCAGGGUGGAGCUCGACGAGUCGGCCCGCGAGCGCGUCAAGGCCAGCAGCGACUGGGUGAUGAACAGCAUGAUGAACGGCACGGACAGCUACGGUGUCACCACCGGUUUCGGCGCCACGUCCCACAGGAGGACCAAGGAGGGUGGUGCUCUGCAAAGAGAGCUCAUCAGAUUCCUCAAUGCCGGCGCGUUCGGCACUGGCACCGACGGUCAUGUUUUGCCGGCGGAGGCAACCCGCGCGGCAAUGCUCGUCCGCAUCAACACACUCCUCCAGGGAUACUCCGGCAUCCGGUUCGAGAUCCUCGAGGCGAUCGCCAAGCUGCUCAACGCGAACGUCACACCGUGCCUGCCGCUCCGGGGCACGAUCACCGCCUCCGGUGACCUCGUCCCGCUGUCCUACAUUGCCGGCCUUGUCACUGGGCGCGAGAACGCCGUGGCGGUUGCACCAGAUGGCAGCAAGGUGAACGCCGCUGAGGCGUUCAAGAUUGCUGGCAUCCAGGGCGGCUUCUUCGAGCUGCAGCCCAAGGAAGGCCUUGCCAUGGUCAAUGGCACUGCCGUGGGCUCUGGCCUUGCAUCGACCGUGCUCUUUGAGGCUAACAUUCUUGCCAUCCUCGCCGAGGUCCUCUCGGCCGUGUUCUGCGAGGUGAUGAACGGCAAGCCGGAGUACACCGACCACCUGACUCACAAGCUCAAGCACCAUCCAGGACAGAUCGAGGCCGCCGCCAUCAUGGAGCACAUCUUGGAGGGAAGCUCCUACAUGAAGCAUGCCAAGAAGCUUGGUGAGCUCGACCCACUGAUGAAGCCGAAGCAAGACCGGUACGCGCUCCGGACAUCCCCACAGUGGCUCGGCCCUCAAAUUGAGGUUAUCCGCGCCGCCACCAAGUCCAUCGAGCGUGAGAUCAACUCCGUGAACGACAACCCGCUCAUCGACGUCUCCCGCGGCAAGGCGCUGCACGGUGGCAACUUCCAGGGCACGCCCAUCGGCGUGUCCAUGGACAACACCCGCCUCGCCAUCGCUGCCAUCGGCAAGCUCAUGUUCGCGCAGUUCUCGGAGCUCGUGAACGACUUCUACAACAACGGCCUGCCAUCCAACCUGUCUGGCGGUCGCAACCCGAGCUUGGACUACGGGUUCAAGGGCGCCGAGAUCGCCAUGGCCUCCUACUGCUCCGAGCUGCAGUUCUUGGGCAACCCAGUGACCAACCACGUCCAGAGCGCCGAGCAGCACAACCAGGACGUCAACUCUCUUGGACUCAUCUCCUCCAGGAAGACCGACGAGGCAAUCGACAUCCUGAAGCUCAUGUCCUCCACGUUCUUGAUCGCCCUCUGCCAGGCCGUCGACCUGCGGCACAUCGAGGAGAACGUCAAGAGCGCCGUCAAGAGCUGCGUCAUGACGGUGGCCAAGAAGACACUCAGCACCAACUCCACCGGCGAUCUCCACGUCGCACGCUUCUGCGAGAAGGACCUGCUCAAGGAGAUCGACCGCGAGGCGGUGUUCGCGUACGCGGACGACCCGUGCAGCCACAACUACCCGCUGAUGAAGAAGCUGCGCAACGUGCUCGUGGAGCGCGCCCUCGCCAACGGCGCGGCCGAGUUCAACGCCGACACCUCGGUGUUCGCCAAGGUCGCGCAGUUCGAGGAGGAGCUGCGCGCGACUCUGCCAGGUGCGAUCGAGGCCGCACGUGCGGCUGUGGAGAACGGCACGGCGGCGAUUCCCAGCAGAAUCACCGAGUGCAGGUCGUAUCCGCUCUACCGGUUCGUGCGCGAGGAGCUCGGAACAAAGUACCUGACCGGCGAGAAGACACGAUCGCCUGGCGAGGAGCUGAACAAGGUUCUUGUGGCUAUCAACGAAGGCAAGCACAUCGACCCGUUGCUCGAGUGCCUCAAGGAGUGGAACGGCGAGCCCCUGCCAAUCUGCUGAACUAGUGAACCGAUUAGCUGAAUAACAGUGGAGUGUGGAGGCGUGCGGUGUUGUUUUUAUCUGGUGAAUAUUUUAUUUUUACACUUAUCUUUGUGUUACUCAAAAGAAUUCUUCGUUGCAUAGCGGCAAGCAUGCAACAGCAAAACUUGGUACGAGUGGCAGGUUUCAAAAGCAACUAGUGUUGUAACAUAUAAGUUUUGGAUAUCAGAGUGUUGCAAAUCAUUAAUUUUCA